UCUGGGAAGGAGAUUUUUUUUAGGGGGAAUCUGGGAAGUAGAUGGACGAGGAAUCUGGGACGGUCAUGGACUGAUGACUUACCUUCACCGAUCCCAAUAAGUUAAGGAGGGAGGCCACACGCGUCCGCUCAUCUUUCUCGCCGCCGCCGCCGCCGCCGCCACGCACGAGACCCCGGCGAUGGCGGAGAACAGCACGCACCUGCUCGACGCCCUCUGCCGCCACCGCGAGCUCCUGAGGAGGGAGACGGAGUCCCUGAGGAAGGAGGUCACAUCCCGGGGCCUAUCCACGUUCGCCGGAAAGAAGGCCUACGUGAGCUCCAACUCGACGUCAACGAUCCACGCGCCGCCGCAGCUGGUCGACCCCACCACAACCACCUUGCACCGGGUGAGUCUGCCCUACCUCGUCCGCAACAGCGACGAGGCCCUCGGCCUCCUCCUAACCGAGUCGGACGACAUGCGCCGCCGGAUCGAGUCUCUGGCGUCGAUUCUGAGGGAGCUCGGCGCUGACAGCACCGCUACCACCGGCGUCUCUCCAGAGAAGAUCAAGAUGCUGUACCUCAUGUCCCGCGCAUCCCUGAGAAUCUCCCAAUAUAUGGCCAGGUCUGGAUCAUCCGCCAUUGCCAAGGAGGAGGAUGAUGGAGCUUCUUCUUAUGACCAGCACCGAUACCGUGCCGGCUGGGAGUCCACGUGGGGCAGCAGCAUGGGAGGCUGUGGUUCCUUCUAUGACAUAACCACGUUGAGCCCUAUGCUAUUCACGCCCUCCACGCCUGGUUUUUCCAACUACUCUGCUACCGCCAGCCACGCCUUGCAGAUAUACUCCUUGGAAAUUGUUGACCUCAACGUCAAAUUGAGCUGGCCACUCCACGUGUACGGCGUGGUCGCUGCAAGGGACCCCGUUGACCACAACCGCAACAUUCUCUUCUACCGCUCGAGGCAUAACUACCAACUAGUCACUAAAGAGGAUCCUUACUUGCGCUUGACUGGCCCGUCUCGCGCAAUCGUGGCUGUGGACCGUGUUACAUUUGAAGUUGAGCUGAAAAUAAAGUACCGUGGAGCGGAUCAGCGCCAACAAAAAGCAUCACUCACUUGCAGCUACAGUUACGGGUCUGCGAGGGAUACCACCCCUCUAUUCAGCGGAUAUUGUUGUGCAGCACGGUUAACCCUUGAACAGCUUCGUAGAGCAAUCCAUGCAACUGUCGUGGGUGUCCGAGUUGUUGAAGGGGGGUGGCCUUUCAAAUAUGGAUGCCGAGUUUCUUGCUCCUUCUCUGCUGAUGCAGAGGAUCCCUCGCCUUGGGAGGUUGUGUUGCUUAAUUGUCGUUAUGAUGAAAUCCCCGUGGGAUCAGACGGGUACUUUCGUCUAUCAAGGAAUGUUGUGUCAGUCGAAUUACAAUCAACAAUGAAAGUUAUCAUACAGGCACACUCGAGAUGUGGUCACAAAGUUCGAAAGGGUCAUGUCGAGUUCCCCGUCCAACAUAGCCAAACAAGCAAGGGUUCAUGUUUAGUAGGCAACUCUAGGGUCGAGGUUGUUGUUGCUUGGUCCCUCAUUGUCACGAACAAGAUAGAUCUCAUGUUGUAGGGAUAAGUUGUCCCAAUGUAGAGGGCUACGUUGCCGAGGCAUGAUAUAUGUUUUGUUAUGUCGGUUUAUUAGAUUGUGGGAGGAUUUUUGUAUGGGCCAA